GAGUUCCUAGGAUUUGCUGUGGUUUGUGCAACCCUGCAUGAAGUCUCACCCUCCCCUGCCUGAUAUUUCCAAAGACCACAGAGGUGAUACGUGACGUGUUUGCCUCGUUUUGGUAUUUAUGACACAAGAACACAAAGGUUGUUUCGUCCUUUCCGUGAUUCUUGGGUACCCUGAGACAGACCACUCGAGUGAGAUGUUAAGUGCAGGAACCUGGAAGUUCACUUUAGGUAACAGCAAUGGGGCCCUGUCCGGGAUAAUUACAUCGUCUUCCUACACGUGAGAUACGGAGGAAGCAAGACGUAACAUCUGGUAAUCAAGCCCUUAACACCUGAACAAAGCCCUCAACACCUGGAGAAGCCCUAACACCUUUAACUCAAGGAGAAUCACAUGCCGCAGUAAUCAUGGCCACACUCAGGCAGAAGAGAAUACUGGCACUAGGUUCAGGACUCCUCUGCUUUGUCUACGUCCUUCUCUUCCCCAAACCCUUAGACAAACACAGACGGCUCCCCAAAGACGUGGACAACAACACGCUAUCAAGUACAGAGCUGGAAAAGCUCCUGGUCAUCUGCAGGACCCUUCCAAUCCUCAACACAACAGCUUCCAGGACAAAUGAGCAGGUGGACCCUCGCCCUUCGCCACUUAAGGACCCCCUGCCGCUGCCCUCUCAGUCUGGCUGCUUCCCUUACCUUAGUGAGCUGUACGUUCAGCCGGUUCCAGAGCACGACUGCGACCAGCCUUACGUCACCGUCAACCAGGCAGGGCGUCUGGGCAACCAGAUGUGUCAGUACGCCAGCCUCUACCUCCUGCGUCACCUGUUUGGAGUCCGGGUGUCCACGCUCAAUAAAAUGCACACAAUCCUUGACAAAUUCUUCAAGAACAUAGUCACGCCGGUCAAGAACCCAAGCUGCUUCGUGGGCAAGGCUAAGGGCAUUUCCUACAUGGACCUGUAUGACAAGCUGUACAGAGCUGCAGCUCAGGCCUGGACCAAGACCACCUCCACUGUCAUCAUAGAACCUCUGCUGGACACUUCCUACCACAUCUAUGACUACCCCGAACCUCGAGACCUCUUCCUGGAGCACCGGAAGCUAAUUCACACCCUCUUCAAGUUCCGGGACGAGGUGAUGAAGAAUGCCGUACAGAACAUCAACAACGCUCUUAGGAGUUUCAACGCGACGUAUCACCAAAGGGACUUCCCAAUUGUGACUGUUCAUGUCAGGCGGACAGACUACGAGGGGCACAUGAAGAAGCUCUUUAAUCUGACCCAGCUGGGUAAACUCUACUACACCAACGCCUUUGAGUUCUACAAGAAACGGUUGAAGCGCCCUCUGUUCCUGGUGGUGAGUGACGACCCGAAGUGGUGCAGGGAGAACCUGCAGGCGAAGGACGUGCUGGUCAUUGCCUCCAAGGUCCCAGCUGAGGACAUGGCGGCGAUGAGUUUGGGAGACCACCAUAUUACAAGCUACGGCACCUUCAGCUUCAUGGGAGCCUUAAUGGGAAAUGGGAACAUAACACACCCGCUCACCACCAACCCUCGCUACAACUUGGUGAAGUGCGUGGACUCCCCAGUCUUCCACCGCGUUCCGAGGAGCGACAAACAGGAGUAUUAGCGGAGAUGAUUCGGUGUUGGCAACAAUGUUUGUCUAUCUUAUUUUAUUUUAACUUUGAUGAUUCUUUUUAUUUUAGUAUUUUUUUUAUUGUAUUUCUCAUAGUUAAUUAUUUUUAUACAUUUUUUUUCUUUCUGCCAAUUUUGUAGUUUUCUUUUCUAAACACUUUGUUUAUUGAUUCUUUCUCUCCCACACAAUGUUUCCAGUAAUGUCUCUCCUUUCUUAAAACACUCUCUUCAUUCUUUCUUUGUCAGACAAUGUUUCCAAUAGUGAUUCUCUUCUAAAUUUUUCUUCAUUCUUUUCUCUUAGACAAAAUUUCCAGUACUCUAUCUUUUUUAAAACACUUUCUUCCAUGAUUUUUUUUUUCUGUACGAUUUCUUUGUUUUUCUUUUCUACAACACAAUACUUCAGUAAUCUACGUACAUAUUUAAUUUCUUUUUGUAGGCGAUCUUCCCAAUAAAGUUUCUACUUUUUAAAUUUCCCCUACCAGAUAAUG